CAUCCAAUCAAAUUGAAAUGGGGAAGAAUGUGAAGCACGUUUCAAUGUUGUCCUAAUGGCUAUGAUAUAAUUUCAAGGGGAAUAGUUUGUAGAGAAUAGCGAUAGAUAGGCGACAUUGCAAAUACAUUGUUUCAUUUUGACGAUACAAACGCUUCAUCGCAAGGUAGUGUUGGUCUGUGCAACAACAUUGGCCAUAUUCAGCGCCACAGUUCCAUCCUCCUGCCUGUGGACUGGCCAGUUGUGUGAGUGACCUCUUGUAGCCAUGACGACCCACGUGACCCUGGAGGAUGCUCUGUCUAAUGUGGAUCUGUUGGAGGAGCUGCCCCUCCCUGACCAGCAGCCCUGCAUCGAACCUCCACCUUCAUCCAUCAUGUACCAGGCUAACUUCGACACAAACUUUGAGGACAGGAAUGCGUUUGUGACCGGGAUAGCUCGCUAUAUCGAGCAGGCUACUGUCCACUCUAGCAUGAAUGAGAUGCUGGAGGAGGGCCAUGAGUACGCUGUCAUGCUCUACACCUGGAGAAGCUGCUCAAGAGCUAUACCACAGGUGAAGUGUAACGAGCAGCCCAACAGGGUAGAGAUCUAUGAGAAGACUGUGGAGGUGCUGGAACCAGAGGUCACCAAGCUAAUGAAGUUCAUGUACUUCCAGCGUAAGGCUAUCGAGCGUUUCUGCGGGGAGGUGAAGCGUCUGUGCCACGCUGAGCGGAGGAAAGACUUUGUCUCUGAAGCCUACCUCCUCACCCUGGGCAAGUUCAUCAACAUGUUUGCUGUGCUUGACGAACUCAAGAACAUGAAGUGCAGCGUCAAGAACGACCACUCUGCCUAUAAAAGGGCGGCUCAGUUCCUGAGGAAGAUGGCCGACCCUCAGUCCAUCCAGGAGUCACAGAACCUCUCCAUGUUCCUAGCCAAUCACAACAGGAUCACUCAGUGUCUGCAGCAGCAGUUGGAAGUGAUUCCUGGCUAUGAGGAGUUGUUAGCAGACAUUGUCAACAUCAGUGUUGAUUACUAUGAGAACAAGAUGUACCUGACGCCCAGUGAGAAACAUAUGCUGCUCAAGGUGAUGGGUUUCGGUCUCUAUCUGAUGGACGGUAACGUCAGUAACAUCUACAAACUAGACGCCAAGAAGAGGAUCAACCUGGGAAAGAUCGACAAGUUCUUCAAGCUGCAGGUGGUGCCUCUGUUUGGAGACAUGCAGAUAGAACUAUCACGUUACAUAGAGACCAGCGCUCACUACGAGGAGAACAAGUCCAAGUGGACGUGUACCCAGAGCUCCAUCUCUCCCCAGUACAACCUGUGUGAGCAGAUGGUUCAGAUUCGUGACGACCACAUCCGGUUCAUCUCUGAGCUGGCUCGCUACAGUAACAGUGAGGUAGUGACCGGCUCAGGCCUGGACAGUCAGAAAUCAGAUGAGGAGUACAGGGAACUGUUUGACCUGGCACUCAGAGGGUUACAGCUGCUGUCCAAGUGGAGCACACACGUCAUGGAAGUGUACUCGUGGAAGUUGGUCCACCCAACAGAUAAGUUCUGUAACAAGGACUGUCCUGGCACAGCGGAGGAGUAUGAGAGAGCUACACGUUACAACUACACCUCAGAGGAGAAGUUUGCCCUGGUCGAGGUCAUCGCCAUGAUCAAGGGACUGCAGGUGUUGAUGGGUCGUAUGGAGAGCGUAUUCAACCAGGCCAUAAGGAACACCAUCUAUGCAGCCCUGCAGGACUUUGCCCAGAUGACCCUCAGAGAGCCUCUACGUCAGGCCGUACGCAAGAAGAAGAACGUUCUCAUCAGUGUCCUGCAGGCAAUCCGUAAGACCAUCUGUGACUGGGAGGGGGCUCGGGAGCCUCCCAAUGACCCCUGUCUCAGGGGGGAGAAGGACCCCAAGGGAGGGUUCGACAUCAAGGUGCCCCGCAGAGCUGUGGGACCCUCGAGCACACAGCUGUACAUGGUUCGCACCAUGCUGGAGUCGUUGAUAGCCGAUAAGAGUGGUUCUAAGAAGACUCUACGCAGCAGUCUGGAUGGACCCAUAGUACUGGCUAUAGAAGACUUCCACAAACACUCCUUCUUCUUCACACACCUGCUCAACUUCAGCGAGGCGCUGCAGCACUGCUGUGACCUGUCUCAGCUGUGGUUCAGAGAGUUCUUCCUGGAGUUGACCAUGGGUCGCAGGAUCCAGUUCCCCAUCGAGAUGUCCAUGCCCUGGAUCCUCACAGACCACAUACUGGAGACCAAGGAGCCAUCCAUGAUGGAGUAUGUGUUGUACCCUCUGGACCUCUACAAUGACAGUGGUUACUACGCUCUGACCAAGUUCAAGAAACAGUUCCUCUACGAUGAGAUAGAGGCUGAGGUGAACCUGUGCUUCGAUCAGUUUGUCUACAAACUGGCUGACCAGAUAUUUGCCUACUACAAAGCCAUGUCUGGAAGUGUCCUCCUGGACAAGCGUUUCAGGGCGGAGUGUAAAAACUAUGGUGUGAUCAUCCCCUACCCCCCCUCCAAUCGUUAUGAGACCCUGCUCAAACAGAGACACGUACAGCUCCUAGGUCGCUCCAUCGACCUGAACCGUCUGAUCACCCAGAGGAUCUCAGCAGCCAUGUACAAGUCUCUGGACCAGGCCAUCAGCCGCUUUGAGAGUGAAGACCUCACCUCCAUAGUGGAGUUGGAGUGGCUGAUGGACAUCAACAGACUGACUCAUCGUCUGCUUUCGAAGCACAUGACCCUGGACAGCUUCGACGCCAUGUUCCGUGAGGCCAACCACAAUGUGUCUGCUCCCUACGGACGCAUCACGCUCCAUGUCUUCUGGGAACUCAACUUUGACUUCCUCCCCAACUACUGCUACAACGGCUCCACCAACCGCUUCGUGCGGACUGCCAUCCCCUUUACCCAGGAGCCUCAGCGAGACAAGCCGGCCAACGUGCAGCCGUACUACCUGUAUGGGUCUAAACCUCUGAACAUUGCCUACUCCCACAUCUAUAGCUCCUACAGGAACUUCGUCGGCCCGCCCCACUUCAAAACCAUCUGCCGUCUCCUUGGUUACCAGGGCAUCGCCGUGGUGAUGGAGGAACUGCUCAAGAUAGUCAAGAGCCUGUUGCAGGGCACUAUCCUGCAGUAUGUGAAGACUCUGAUCGAGGUAAUGCCCAAGAUCUGUCGCCUGCCGCGCCACGAGUAUGGAUCCCCAGGUAUCCUGGAGUUCUUCCACCACCAGCUGAAGGACAUUAUAGAGUACGCAGAGCUGAAGACAGAUGUCUUCCAGAGUCUCAGAGAGGUGGGGAACGCCAUCCUCUUCUGUCUGCUCAUCGAACAAGCUCUGGUGUCCCAGGAGGAGGUGUGUGACCUGCUUCAUGCAGCCCCCUUCCAGAACAUCCUCCCCAGGGUCUACAUCAAAGAGGGGGAGCGUCUGGAAGUCAGGAUGAAGAGGCUGGAGGCUAAGUAUGCUCCACUCCAUCUGGUGCCCCUCAUUGAGAGGCUGGGGACCCCUCAGCAAAUAGCUAUAGCCCGUGAGGGGGAUCUGUUGACCAAGGAGCGUCUUUGUUGUGGCCUGUCCAUGUUCGAGGUGAUCCUUACGAGGAUCCGUAGUUUCCUACAGGACGCCGUGUGGCGAGGCCCGCCCCCCACCAACGGCGUGAUGCACGUGGACGAGUGUAUGGAGUUCCACCGCCUCUGGAGUGCCAUGCAGUUUGUUUACUGCAUCCCCGUCGGCACUCAUGAGUUCACCGCCGAGCAGUGUUUUGGUGACGGGCUGAACUGGGCAGGCUGCUCCAUCAUCGUGCUGUUGGGUCAGCAGCGCCGCUUCGACCUGUUUGACUUCUGCUACCACCUGCUCAAGGUGCAGAGGCAGGAUGGCAAGGAUGAGAUCAUCAAGAACGUGCCGCUGAAGAAGAUGGCUGAUCGGAUCAGGAAGUACCAGAUCCUGAACAAUGAGAUCUUUGCCAUCCUUAACAAGUACAUGAAGGCUGUGGAGACGGAUAGUUCCACCGUGGAGCAUGUCCGCUGCUUCCAGCCACCUAUACACCAGUCCCUGGCCACAACAUGCUGAGAAGAACACACAUGCUACACACACAAGCCACACAUGUCCCACGCGCACACACACAGUACAAAUACACACACCAACCCAAAUCAUCACCACACACUCUGCCUUUCUUUGGCCUUGUACUCAGACUCUCAGAGCCUUAGGAUUCCAGAGUUCUGUCUGACUGUACACCAUUUUGACACCAAAUAUUCCAUACUAAUGACAUUCCAGUUUGCAUUCUAAAAUGCAACUGUCUAGGAACUUUUGGUGGCAACAUGGCGCCCAUUAAAAAGUCUAAAUCUCAAACUGAGUUUUCUGAACUCUGAAUAUGUUUGGCCCAAAACCACAGUCUAGUUUUAGAGUUGUGGGUGUUUUCAGAUGUUCGUUUUUCUGUUCUCAACCUAUGUGACUCUCACACCCAGCAUGCCUUCUCCUGUCCCUAGAGCUAUAUGUCACAUGGAUGGCCUCAGUAACACACAACUGCCAAUCCUGAGUGGUUACAGAUCUGCAGUACCACUCUGCUUCCCCUCUAGUCACAAUCAAGUCUAUCAGAUAUCUCUGAGAAACCAUUUAGUAAGCAACAACAAUCAACCUACAUAAAAGAUGAUAGAUAUGCUGGAAUAAUCUCCAAAACCUCAACGCAUACAAAUAAUCAGAUUCUGAAAUGACCUAUAACCUGAGAUUAUUAUUUCGUAGAUUACAUACGAAAGCAAACCUAAUGGCCAUUUAUUGAAUUGCUUAUUGAAGUCCACACGGGUGCGAAGUAUUACGAUGAUACUUAAUAACACCAAUGUCAUCAGUGUAAUUUCCCCCCAUAACAUCCAUGAUAUGAUCAUCGCCCAAGUUAACAAAUGAAUGAAUGAAUCCCAGAAGCUAACACAUGAGUGCCCCAAAUGGCACCCUAUUCCCUAUAUAGUGCACUACUUUUGACCAGCGCCUACAGGGCUCUGGUCAAAAGUAAUGCACUAUAUAGAGAAUAGGGUUCCAUUUGGAUGCAGCCCACAUCUCCCUGGACAUACCCAAGCAUAGUAAACCAGUGUCAUAGGAGUAGUUAACCACACCUCACUUCUCAAACAACCCUGCUGUUUCACAACAAGGACACUUGACUGCAUAACAAGGACACUUGACUGCAUUUCUGAGUUGCUUUUAUUUAUUUUUACCCAUAUUUUGGGGGUUUUAGCCUCUGAGUAUAUUUUUAUUCUGUUCCGUUCUCCAUUGUAAAUUUCACUGUUGAACUAAAAAGAGAAGUUUAGAGUUGUAAUUGUUAUUGUUUUUAAUUAUUGAUAAUUACAUUUUUCAUCCUCGGUAUAACUUGACUCUACUGAUGAGAAACCUCACCUACUGUCUUGUCAGUUUGAAACGUUUUAUAUUCUGUAUGUGCGCUUAAUAGUGUUAUUGUUUAUCAUUUUACAAAUUAUUGACAUCUGCGCUAAUGUGUUUUAUUUUAGUUUUUUUUCUGUAAUAAAACAUUAGAAAUACUUCUUGAUUGUAAAAUAAAAAAGAGGCCAGGAUGAUGUGACUGUAUUAGAUUUGUUCAGAGAGUGAAUGGGACCAAGCUAACUACUGUAGAGUUCAUUCCCUCCUAUAGAAGAAAUAAAGGAAUCAAGUAGUUGCCUUUUUCCAGUUUAGGUACGAAUUACACACCAGAGAUGGAGAAAGGGACUAUUGUUUUACUUUUUUUCCCUUUAGCUUAAGCAGUGUUAUCAAAAAAAAAAAUCCCAGUUUUUUAUUCUUAUGAAGGAAAAUGAUUGUUACAUCAAUUAAGGAGCAACCACAUUUUCAGUUUCCCCUUUCCGUUUAUUUUUUUAUUGUUCCAAUGGUCCUUUUUGUUUUAUUUAUUCACACAACUACACCUUUAUUGUUCAUUGAAUGGGUGAAUAUGUUGAUAAGUAAAAGUUAGCAAUGCAUCAUUUUCGAACCUUUCAGCAUGAAAAGAAAAGCGAUGUAUUGUCAUUACGGAUACAUUUGUGACAUUAGGUUUUUGUUCAUGAUAUUGUUGUACAAGUGAUCAUGUUUUGAAAUACAAAAAUUAGAAAAUAAGAAUAUAAAGAUGUACAACGAAUUGUCCUGCAAAAGGAAAUUAAAUUGUUGUAUUUCCAUUAAAUAAAUGUCUAACUGAAAAUUUA